GAUUCUAUUAAUUAUUACUAUGAUGCGGUGCGCAAGUAUACAUGGCGUACACGCUCCAAGCAAACAGUCAACAAUCGGGCUCGAUUUGAGUUGAAGCCACCAAAUCCAGUCCUCCCCUUCGGGUAUCAACACAAAAUAUCAAACUAGUGAUCGUAGAUCAACCAACAACAUCAAAAGCAAGACAGCAAGUGGUAUCAAUCUAGUUGCACGGCGCAAAACAUGAACACACGCAAGCCUCGGUUGGGAUAAACCUGCGCGAAUGGAUAUCAUUAAGGAACGAAAUGCACCGGUGACGUCGACGCAGUGAGAAAUGACCGCCAAAGCAGCAUGUGGGUAUCAUUGACAUUCCUUGCACCAAAUCCUUCUUAGACUUGGCCAAGGAGUGCCUGCGGAAACGAUAUAGAGCGAUUCGAAGACAGCAAAAAAAAAAAGAGCAGACCGGGUCCAGAUCGACAUAUAUGUUUUUUGGAAAUGUUUUUUUUUCGUGGUUUUUCUCUCAGCACUUUUUCGUUUUCCGUCAUGGUAAUGAUUCAACAGCAUGCAGAGGCGUUGGGAGACGUAGAAAGUUGAUCCCACCAUUUCUCAAACUCGACGGCACGCCUCUGAGAAUGAGCACUUCAUGCCGCAGCCUGGACAGGAGUCGAGGUCGCAGCGACAGUCGCAGGCUUGGCCUCCUCGGUGGCGGGAGCCUCAGCGGGCUUGCUGGCUUCCUCGGCGGGAGCAGCCUCAGCGGAAGUCUCCUGAGCGGUGGGCUCAGCCUUGUCCUCCUCCUUGGCAGAGGCUUCCUUGUUGUCGAGCUUCACGGCCUUGCUGGGCUUGCGGAAAAGACCGCCGAGCUUGUUGCUCUUGGCCUUGGCCUCGCCGUCGGUGCCCUCAUUGUCAGAGUCACCCUUCUUCUUGCCGAAGUUACCGAAGAAAGAGGUGCGACGCUUGUCCUUGCCGGCAGGAGUCUCGGCAGUGGGGGACUGAGCGGCAGUCUCCUUGGGGCCUCGGCCUCAGUGGCAGCGGCGGCGGUGGUCACGGUCUCAGGCUCGAUGGGCUUCACGGCAGCCUCCUCGACGGGGUUCUCGAGCUGGGGGCAGUGCUGGAGACAGCGGAGGUCUCAGCAGGAGCCGCAGCCUCCUUCUCGGACUUCUCGUGGGAAGGGCUGGUAACCUUCUGGAAGAAGUUACCGAACAGAGAGCUUCAGCAGUAGCGGUCUCGGCGACAGGCUCGGCGGCGGCGGCUUCGACGGGCUUGGCGUCCUCGGUCUUCUCUUCCUUCUUCUCCUCAGUCUCCUCCUUCUUGCCGAGGAAGGAGCCGAAGAUGCUGGCCCUCUUGCGAGACUGAGAGCG